AUGCUUGCAGCUUUUAAGUCAAAUUCAUUUGGAAAGCCAUCUGAGUUUUAAUAUAAAUCGAAAAAUGUUGCAAUAAGUUUUGAAACAUCAUUUUUGAUGUUAAGAGAAGGUAUUGUAGAGUGCUAUUCAAAUAAAUAGGGAUAUGUGCUGAGUUAAUCUCAAAAAGAAAUAGUAUUUUAAAAUGAGAUUUUUAGCUAAGUUCACAAGGUGUGAAUUAUUUUGACUGGAUAUUGGUUAUUUAGUUGCUUAAAUGCAAAACCAAGGUUUGAUUGGUAGGAUUAUCAAGAUCCAAAAUUUGAAUAGGAAAUUUAUGGUGAUAUAGAAGAAGGAAGUGAU